AUAAAGGUUAUUAAUGUUAGAUAGAAUAGAUUCGCAAAUCGAAGUGGUUGCUAUCUAACCGCCGUUGUUCAUCCCUCGCUGUGGCAGCUGCUUGAAACAAUGCAGAAAUGCUUCAAACCGUACGCCUUUCACGCCAGCUUUCACACUAUGAAACCUUCCAUCUUAACCCAGCGUUAUUCAAUUCCAACAUCAAUGCCUUUAUUCAACAUGGCCAAUUCACUAAAGCCUUACAGCUAUUCUCUGUUUCUCCACUUUCAAUCACCAAUUUCACUUUUCCCUCUCUUCUUAAAGCUUCCACUUUCCUCUCUAACCUCAACUAUGGAAAAACCCUCCAUUCCACAAUCAUCCAAGUGGGUCUCCACUCCGACCCUUAUAUCACAACUUCGCUCAUAAACAUGUACACCAAAUGUGGGUCAUUUUCUUCUGCAGUUAAUGUGUUCGAAGAAAUGGUUACAAGAGAAGGCUUUGUUGAAGAUGUCACUUUAUGGAACUCUUUGCUUGAUGGGUAUCUCAAAUUUGGUCAAAUAAACGAGGGUUUGGCUCAUUUUAACAAAAUGCAGGCGCUUGGGGUACUUCCUGAUGCUUACUCACUUUCUAUUCUUCUUGGUGCUUUGGGGUUGAAGGAAGGAAAGCAAAUUCAUGGCUACAUUGUUAGGCAUAUCUUUAAGAGUGAUCCCUUUUUGGAAACUGCAUUGAUUGGUAUGUAUUCGAGUUGUAGUCGAAUAAUGGAGGCCUGGUUUGUAUUUGACCAUUUGGAAGAUAAGAGCAAUGUGGUUGUUUGGAAUGUAAUGAUUGGUGGUUUUCUCGAGAAUGGAGGAUGGGAAUGGAGCUUAAAGUUGUAUUCUUUAAUGAAAGCUGAGAAUGUUAAGUUUGUAUCAGAAUCGAUUAGUAGUUCCUUGAGUGCCUGUGUGUAUGGCGAUGUUAUGGAUUUUGGGAGGCAAGUUCAUUGUGAUUUGAUCAAAAUGGGAUUUGAAAAUAACCCUUUCGUUUAUACUUCUUUAUUGAGCAUGUAUGGAAAAUGCCAAUUUGUUGAAGAUGCUGAAAAUGUUUUCCGUCAGGUAUUGGAUAAAGGAAUUGAGUUAUGGAAUGCUAUGAUAUCAACUUUUGUUUGGAAUAAAUAUUCUUUUGCCUCUUUUGAGGUUUACAACAAGAUGAGAUAUAAUGCAAUAACCCCUGAUUCUUUCACAAUAUCUAAUGUUUUAUCAUGUAGCAGUAUGAUUGGAAUAUAUAAUGUUGGGCGGUCAGUUCAUGCAGAAUUAGUGAAGAGACCUAUAGAGAAUAGUACUGCAGUUCAGAGUGCAUUGUUGACCAUGUACUGUAAAUGUGGCAGUGUUGGUGAUGCUAAUUUCAUUCUUAGCACAAUGAGGGAAAAGGACGUGGUUGCUUGGGGUUCGAUGAUAUCAGGUUUUUGUCAAAAUAGGAAGUUCAGAGAAGCUUUAGAUUAUUUUAGAAAAAUGAAGGCAGAUGGAGGAGUAAGACCAGAUUCUGAUAUUAUGUCAAGUGUCAUCAACGCAUGUACAGGAUUGGAGAAUGUAGAUUCAGGGUGCAUGAUCCAUGGAUAUGUUAUCAAAAGUGGUUUGCACCAUGAUGUUUAUGUUGCUACUUCCCUUGUUGAUAUGUAUUCGAAAUGUGGUUUCCUGGGUAUGGCUGAACGUUUAUUCUCAGAUAUGCAUGAGAAAAAUCUUGUUGCUUGGAAUUCCAUGAUAUCAAGCUAUUGUCGAAAUGGUCUGCCUGACCAGUCUAUACAGCUUUUCUCUAAGAUAAUUCAGCAUGGUUUUUAUCCAGACUCUGUAUCCAUUACAAGCGUUCUCACUGCAGUUUCAUCCACAGCAGCUUUACUAAAUGGAAAGAUUAUCCAUGGAUAUGUUGUUAGGCUAGAGAUUGAAUCUGAUAUUCAUCUGGAGAAUGCAUUGAUGGAUAUGUAUAUUAAGUGUGGAUUCUUAAAAUAUGCUGAGUAUAUAUUUCAGAACAUGUCUCAGAAAGAUUUAGUUACAUGGAAUUGCAUGAUUUCUGGCUAUGGAUCUCAUGGCGAUUGCAUUGAAGCAUUGUCAUUAUUUAAUGAGAUGAAGAACAGUGGAAUCAAACCUGAUGAUGUUACUUUUCUUUCCCUGAUUUCAUCUUGCAAUCAUGCUGGUUUAGUUGAUGAAGGCCACAAGAUAUUUCAAUCCAUGAGAGCGGAGCAUGGGGUUGAACCUAAAAUGGAGCACUAUGUGAACAUUGUUGAUCUGUUUGGCCGUGCUGGACGUUUAGAUGAUGCUUAUAAUUUUGUAAAAUCCAUGACCAUUGAACCUGAUAGGAGUGUUUGGUUGAGUCUGUUGUGUGCCUCCCGAACCCAUUUAAAUGUGGAGCUUGGUGAACUGGCAGCUCACUACUUACUGAAACUGGAACCAGACAGGGGCAGCAAUUAUGUUCAAUUGUUACAUUUGUAUGGAGACGCUGAAUUAUGGGAGAAAGCUGCAAACAUCCGAGCAACAAUGAAAGAAAAGGGAUUGAAGAAAACCCCUGGAUGUAGUUGGAUUGAACUGAGGGAUAGAGUUGAUGUUUUCUUCCCAGGAGAUUCAUCUUCCAUGAGAACAGUGGAGAUUUAUGAGAUAUUACAUAGCAUUGGGAAGCAUAUGGAGAAGGAAGGAGGUGAUUCUGAAAUUAUGGAGACAAUUUCAGACCUGUAAGUAUGAAAAAUUAAUUUUGAAAUUUGGAAGUGUAUAAACAAAAUUAAAAAGUCUGAAAGAUGUGAAUUUGUCUUUAUGAUCAAAAUGAGUAAAAAUGGAAUGACUCCUUUGUUCUCUCUAUUUAUUGCAUUUUAUAGAAUUUGAGAAAUAUGCAACUGUGAGGUGGGUUUUCUUACCUAAACAGUAUAAAAGCUACCGCACAGUUUGACAUCUUCAUUUGCUGUAAGAGGUUUCCAUUUUUGUGCACUAUAUGCUGCUAAUCUAUGACUGCUUGCAUGUUAUUUACUUUUCCUUGGAUGCAUGCAGUAGCUUUCUUCUUCAUUCAUCAAUAACCUUCUUUCCUAGUUUUAGCAAAAUCUUAUGGCCCAAAAGGUUACCUCGUUCAUCUUAGGAUGAGAUUCCAGCAACGUUAGUUACCCUUUUUUAUUUUUCCCCUUUUCUUUAAGAAAAAGAGAGAUACUUGUACUUCCAGUUGGUGUUGAAAGUUGCCAAGAAUUUGUCUACAAUAUGCUUGUAUAUAUCGUUCAGUGUACCAUAUUUUUGUGUAAUAAAAUAUUUGUACAACUUGGUGUUGAAGUUGGCAAGAA